AUGUCGUCCAAGCGCAGGGCCGAUGAUUGCGCCGACGACGCCCUUCCACUGCCGAUAAACCCUUCUGGAAACAUGCGAAAAGACCAGAACGCCCUCCCCUCCUCCUCUUCCUUCCUCUCCUCCCCCCUCUCCCCCCGCCCCGCCUCCCCCCUCCUCCGAUCAGGCGCCGCCGGCGCCUCCCCAUCCGCCGCACGCAUCCAGUUUUUUGUCCGCAUACUCUCCGAUCACACCCUCGUCCUCCACGCCGACCCCCGGGACACCAUCAGAUCGAUUCACGAGAAAAUUCAGUCCAUCACCGGAAUUUCCGUCAUCGAGCAGCGCCUCAUCUACCGUGGCAAGCAGCUCCAGUGGGAGCAGACCCUCUCCGAGUGUGGGGUUCAGAACGAUGCCGGCCUCCACAUGGUCGGCCGCAUGCGCAGCACAGGCCACCCUCAGGCCUGGCAGCUCAUCAACGAUGUCGUAUCCCAGGUCUUCUACCAAUACAAGAAUAACCCCUCUUCCCAGACUUUCUUUCCCCCCACCCCCCGCAAAACCGUCAAGUCUAUGCUCCUUGAGUUCCUGUCCAUGACCCCAAGAACGGAUACCGAUCAGGCCUCUGGCCACCUCCAGAUUUUCAGCGCCUCCUCUGCCCCAGCCGCCCUAGUGAUGCUCUACAUGUCCUCUUACAAGCCCAACCGGGACGUGGCCGGUGAUGCCAUCACGCAUUUCAUCACCUCUUGCAAGACCAUCUUGCCCAAGCAGCACUAUCAUCUCUGUGUGCCCAUAGUUAUGGAGUUCUGUAAACUGUUGAGUAGGGCCGUGGGGAUAGAUGACUCUUUGUACGCUCUGUGUAGGAGUAGCUUAGGGACGAUGGUGGAGUUCAUCGAUAUUGGGGAGAAAAAGGAUUCAGUUGGGCUUCGCGACGUGUUCUUGUUUGUUUGCGAGUUGGCUACCAAACUGUCCUCUGAUUUGGUGACGAGUACCCAGUCUGGAUCCUUCUCGGCUCCCUCGAUCUCUGAUGUUCAAGAUUUCGCAGCCUUUGUGGCCCCUGUGAGGAAUGGGAUUAAGGCAGACAUAGGAUUUUGUGGGCCCAUUCGAGUUCCAUUGAGCGAGGAGCUUUGCCGGCUGCCCUUGUGUUAUGCGAAUGAGAUUGUUGUCUUGCACGGGAUCUUUUUCGACCUUCUGAGCAAAUUGGAGAAGUGUAUGGUGAAAAUCGAAGAGCGUCUGGACCGAGCCAAGAAAUGUGAGGGUGAGACCUUUCAUGUCGGGUGCCAGUACCUUGAUCUUCUGAAGGAGCUUAAUAGUACUUCCAAACUCUACCAGGGCUGCGAGGAGGUGUUCUGGGAGACUAUGAAGCAGAGAAAGAGUGCCGUGUGCUAUCUAAUCUUGAGGUGUUCUAGGAGGAGUGACGAUCACAUCUGGAUUUCAGAUUGUAAGGAGGUGACCACUUUUGAGGCAAGGAGACACCUGGCGAUGAUGCUUCUUCCUGAGGUGAAGGACGACUUUGACGAUCUGCACGAGAUGCUCAUAGACCGAUCAAACUUACUGGCGGAAUCAUUCGAGUACAUUAUAAAUGCAGAUUUGGAAUCCUUGCGUGCGGGCUUAUUCAUGGAGUUCAAGAAUGAGGAAGCAACGGGUCCUGGCGUGCUGCGGGAGUGGUUUUUCUGCGUAUGCCAAGCAAUCUUCAACCCUCAAAAUCCGCUCUUUGUGGCUUGCCCGAAUGAUCGUCGAAGGUUCUUUCCGAAUCCAGCAUCCACCGUGGACCCCCUUGACCGAGAGUACUUCAAUUUCGUGGGAAAAGUGAUCGCCCUGGCCCUGAUGCACAAAGUCCAGGUUGGCAUUGUGUUCGACCGGGUCUUCUUCCUCCAGCUGGCUGGGCAGCCCAUCACGCUCGAGGACAUCCGGGAUGCGGACCCCACUCUGUACAGCAGCUGCAAGAAGAUCCUGGAGAUGGACCCAUCUGCCGUGGACCAGGACACCCUAGGCCUCACGUUUGUGGACGAGAUCGAGGAGCUGGGGAUGAGGCGGGUGACGGCUGAGCAGGUGGACCACUUUGCCAAGGGAUUUGCUGACAUACUGAGCUGCAGGCGGCUGCAGAGGGCUUUCUUCCGGUGCUUGGAGGCAGGGGAUCUUGACCGGAUGCUGUACGGCAGUGAGGAUGAUAUUUCUGUGGAUGAUUGGAGAUCCCACACGGACUAUCAUGGGUUCAAGGGGACCGAUAAUCAGAUUUCCUGGUUCUGGAAGAUUGUUGGGAGCAUGACAAAGGAGCAGAAGAAAGUUCUCCUUUUCUUCUGGACCUCGAUUAAGCAUCUUCCGUGCGAGGGUUUCAGUGGGUUGGCUUCUCGACUUUACAUCUACAAGAACUCUGAGUCGUCUGAUCGGCUGCCCUCGUCCCACACAUGCUUUUAUCGGCUCUGUUUUCCGGCAUACCCCACAAUGUCUCUAAUGCGUGAUCGGCUUCGCAUUAUCACCCAGGAGCAUGUAGGUUGCAGCUUUGGUACUUGGUAA